AUGAUUAAGAACAUCGGAAAGCUCAAGCAGUGGACCGGAGAGAAGAUGGGCGGCAAGGGUCCUAAGUCUCGCAUGGAUGAAGACUUUCACAACCUAACAAGCGAAACAGAGGCCAAGCGGGUUGCCCUCGAGAAGCUCAACGAUACCUCCCAAGCCUACCUCAAGGCCAUCAGCAAACGCGUAGAGGGAGAUGACAAGCACAAGGGCCUCGCCAUCGAGACGUUCGGCAAGAGUAUGUCGUCGCAGAGUUACACCAUUCGUGAAGGCUCCCCUUAUCGGACAGCACUGCAGCGGAUGGGCGAUGCCCAUCAAAACAUUGGCGCCGCUCAGUCUGAACUGAUUACACGGUUCGAGAGCUCGUAUUUGGAUAGUCUGGAAAAGUCUCAGGCACAGAUGAAAGAGUACCAAACGCUGCAAAAAAAGCUGCAGUCGAGGCGACAGGACUAUGACGCAAAGCUGGCCAAGGUUCAAAAGGCGAAAAAGGAAAAGCCGGAAUGGGAGGAGGAGAUGCAGGCCGCCAAGGCCAAGUACGAGGAAACAAGAGAGAAUGUCCUCAACCUGAUGACCACAAUUAAUGAAUCGCAGGAGGAUAACAUGACCAGCCUAAAGUCGUACCACGAGGCCCAGCUAGCCUACGCCCACAGGAUGGUGGAAAUUCUGGAAGCAAUUCCAGAGAGCACCUUCCAACUCUCUCCCAACGGAUCGCGUGCUUCACUCUAUACCAGCAACGGCAAUGGGAACUCAAACGGGAACGGAGCCACGAAAAAGUGGGGGCGACAGGACUCACUCGAACCCGAGGAUGACCGCUCGAUGUACUCGGACGACCAGUCCAGCACCCACUCAAUACCCAAUGGACGCCACCCCCUUGACAGAGCACCCUCUACUGCUGACUUGCGCCGGAAUAACAACAACCAGACGAACGCAGAGUUGAGCCGGUCCAUGUCCCACCUCACACCCAACGCAGCACAGACGCGAAAAAAUAGUGGGGGCAACGGAAGCGUCCGGUCGAAUGGAUUUAUGGCUCCUCCUCCACCUGUGCCUCCAAGCCGAGGUCGAACCCAGAAGCAGGUCCGAGCCCUUUACAAUUUUGACGCGACUGCCGAAGGAGAGCUCUCCCUCCAGAAAGGCGACAUUGUUCGGAUCGUGGAGGAGAUUGACGAGGGCUGGUGGGAGGGCGAGCUGGUUGACUCGCACGGUGUUCGACAUGCAGGCAUGUUCCCAUCCAACUACUGCGAGGAGGUCUUAAGCGACUCUGGAUCGACUCAUCGCCAGGGAUCGAUCAACUCUCAGUCUUCUGACCCAGGUCGAUACGUAGACGAGGAUGAGGCUGCGUACUAUGAACGCGAGACCGAGCCCACCGUCCAUUAUGACGAACCCGAGGAGGAGAUUAUUCAGGCGCCAGUACCAAGGCGGGCACCUCCACCUCCUACGAGACAGCCCUCCACGCUUGCGCCACCAGUACCAUCAUGCAACGGAGCUGCCGCUAACGGAUACAAUGGCGGCGCGUCUACGCUUGCAGUAGCACGUGCUACUCCUCCUCAGAGUCGCCCUACAUCGACAGUGGCAGUGCCCAACCUGAACCGGGCUUCGACCAUUGGUACGAGGAUGCCACCUCCACCUCCUCCUACACGCCGUGCUGCUGCGGAUUCGAUGCGACACAGUGCAGUGUUUUCCAGCGGAGCGAGCACGCCAGGAGUGAUGUCUCCUCCACUAGUGAUGCCUGGAGGCGGAUCAGGACCCUCGCCACCCCCUACUGCAGUUCCAGCAACACCUUCGGCCUCGUCGAUGAUGGGUUAUAUUCCCAAGGAUUACUUUUCCACUCAGACGCCUGGCCCAGCAGAGGCCGAGAUGGGACCGUGUCGCGAUUGUCAAUGUACCGACUUUUCGCCCAAUGUGUUCAAACGCGGCAGCUGUAACAACUGCUUCCAUAUCCAUUAG